AUGGCUCUAGUGACGUUCGCCGGCAUGUGGUGCGCCAUCUGCCGUCUCGCAGUGCCCAAUGUCUGGUGCCUCUUGUGCCUUUGGCAACUCUUGGGAGUGUGUUCGUUGUGGUUUCGUGGCCAUGUCGCCAUUGACGCUAAGAUGGCAUCCACCGAGGAGAAGCGCGCCAGGAGUCCCAAUCCCGCAAAUCAAGACGCCAUGGUUGCUAUCAAAAGGGUUGCUGUCAUUGGGGCUGGGCCCGGCGGCGCCAUUGCCGUUGAUGCCCUAGCCAAGGAGAAGGCGUUCGACCUGAUCCGCGUGUUUGAGCGCCGAGAGGCGGCGGGUGGCUGUUGGCUCGGCGAUACAACGCCACCGCCGCUGCUCACGGACCUCGAGGCCCUCGCCAACCGCACGGCUGACCCUCCGGUGGACAUCCCGGACCGGCUGCCGGCCCAAACGCCGAAGCUCACUCAGCCCCGCUUCGCCGACUCAUCUGUCUACCCUUACCUCGAGACAAAUGUCGACGCGAUUCCCAUGUCCUUCAGCCAGGAGCCCAUCCCCUCCGACCGCUCACCACACUCAGUGGCCCUCCAUGGCGAGGACACGCCGUUCCGGCACUGGACCGUGAUCCGCCGCUACCUGCAGUCGCUCCUCGAGCGUGACGGCUACGAGGACCUCGUCUCCUACAGCACGACGGUCGAGCGCGUCGAAAAGGUCGGCCACGAGUGGAAGCUGACGCUGCGGCGGGACGGCGAGCGCUCCGACUACUGGUGGACCGAGUGGUUCGACGCCGUCGUCGUCGCCAGCGGCCACUACUCGGUGCCACUAUUUCAACGAGCUGCGCCGCCUCGCGGGCCCGGCGAGAACGGCCUCGGCCGGCAGCUGCCCGUCUUUGACCGAGCGUGGUUCAAGUCCUUCCUCGACGGGCACGAGAGGCGGAAGAACAUGUGGCAGCGGCUCAACGCAAAAGCCUGGGAUGAGGCUGGCGUUGACGAGCUCAACUUGGGCACGGUGCCGGGAGCCGGUCGUAAGACGAUCGAAGCACCGCCGGCGUAUGACUGGGACACGAUCAGGAAGCUGCCGUUAUUGCUGCAGGCGUUGCAGGGACUCAACACAAAGGCCUUCUAG